AUGAGAAAAGUUGUGGACACAUCUAGCACCUGUAUUGAUGCCUAUGGUAGUUUUAGUGAUAUGAGUCUUAGUGAUGGCUAUGAAAGUACACUCCAGCCUAGUUCACUAGGCAGCAGAUCUCUUCCUGAUUCCGAUGAAAUUUCUAUUCGAAAUCAAAGAACUCUCUCAUUCGUUGCCCGUAAUUUACAUGUGCCUCGAAAUUCUGUUUGUGGAGGAACGAUUCAUAGCUUGGCAGCAUCCAUGAAAUCUGGUGAAGUAUCGCGCAAGAAUACAAAAAUUCUACUUGAUAAUCCAAACUUGUUUGCCAGAGCAUUGUCUGAGAAAUUAACGGGUCCAUGGAUAGAACAUGCAUUUGAGAAGAGAGAAUGUAUUAAGUUUGUUGGUCAACGAUCAAAUUCUGAUAGAUGUGGUUGUGGACGCUUACUAUCUGCUCAUUCACAAUUAGCUCAAAGUCGAUUCACCAUCUAUGGACGGCAGGAUGUCUUAGAUGCCAGCUUAACCAAUGAUGAUAAUAUACGUUUGAAACCACAAAUUGCAUCUGCAUCAUCUAAUGAAGAACAAUGGUCUAUAGCUCGUCAUACGCAUACAGCUCCUACGGAUGCUUUUGGAACUAUUGUCUUUCAAGGUGGAGCUCAUGCACAUAAAGCUCAGUAUGUUCGCUUGGGAUAUGACUCAAAGCCGGAGGACAUCAUGUAUUUGAUGGAAAAAGUGUGGGGCUUGCAGCCGCCGAACUUAGUCAUAACUGUUCAUGGAGGGAUGACGAACUUUGAAGUGCAAGAAAAGCUUGGACGAUCAUUUCGUGAAGGCAUUCUCAAAGCUGCUCAAACAACGGGAGCAUGGGUUUUAACAGGAGGCUUGGACUCUGGAGUUGUCAGACAUGUUGCUCAAGCUUUGGAUGAAGCUGGAAUAUCGGCCAGAAUGCGUUCAAAGAUUGUUACAAUAGGAAUAGCGCCUUGGGGAGUAAUUAAGAGGAGAGAACGUUUGAUAGCUAAAGACACUGAGAUUCAGUAUGAUUCGCAUUCGUUCGGCUCCUCAAACGGUUUAGGAAUUCUCAAUGAUCGACAUUCCUAUUUCCUUCUGGCUGAUAAUGGAACGACUGGACGAUUCGGAGCUGACUUACAUCUGCGACAGAAUUUUGAGAACUAUCUGGUUGAAAUGCCAAAUGAUAAGACUCAUCAAAAAGUCCCUGUUGUCUGCGCCGUGUUAGAAGGAGGAACAUCAACGAUCAAAGCUGUUCAUCAAUAUGUUACUCAAAAACCGGAUAUUCCGGUGAUUGUAUGUGAUGGAAGUGGACGAGCUUCAGAUCUAUUGUCGUUUGCUUCUCGAUAUAUUGAAUCAGAUGAACCAUUUCCAGUAGAAGUUCGAGAGCAACUCUUAGCAUUGAUAUCUACGGUCUUUCCUGAUCAGCUAGGUCAGGCUUCCGAGCAAUUGCUGGAUACGAUCAUUGAGUGUGCUCGAAGGCCGGAUUUGCUAACUAUUUAUCGUUUUGGAGAUGAAAAACAAGAAGAUGUUGAUCAUUCAAUUCUUACAGCCGUUUUACGCGGACAGAAUCUCAGUUUACCUGACCAGUUGGCAUUGACUUUAUCAUGGAAUCGAGUUGAUGUAGCUCGAAGUUGUUUGUUUUCUGGCGGCAAAAACUGGCCCAUACAUCAUUUACAUGGAGCAAUGAGUGAAGCUUUACGUUUGGAUCGAGUUGAAUUUGUUGAAUUAUUAUUGGAAAAUGGAGUAUCAAUGAAGAAUUUCCUUUCUGUCAGCACAUUGGAGCAGCUCUACAACUUAGAUGAGGGACCAGCACAUAGUGUACGAUUCCUUGUUGACAAUAAUGCUCAAGAUCAAACUACAUUCUUAACUCUGCCUGACAUUGGUGUCAUUAUAGAAAAAUUAAUUGGAAAUGCCUAUCGUCACUACUAUACAUCUCGACAAUUCAAACGAAAUUAUGAACAUUUCAGGAAAAAGGCUCAACUAUCGCGACUUAGUACAUUUCAUAUUCGGUUAGUAUCACGAACAGGAGCAAAACGAGAAAAAGCUGAUAGACGUGGAUCAGAUCCUUCACAUGACUUUCUUUAUCCGUUCAAUGAUCUUAUGCUUUGGGCAAUACUUACUCGACGACCUGAAAUGGCUCAUUGUAUGUGGCUGCAUGGAGAAGAUGCUAUGGCUAAGGGAUUAGUAGCUAUUAGACUUUAUAAGGCAAUUGGUAGAAUAGCUGAAGAAGAAUAUCUUGAAGUAGAAGUUGCUAAUAAGCUGAGGGAAUAUGCUGACGUUUUUCGUUCGGAAUGUUUGGGUCUGCUGGAUUUCUGUUAUCGAGAAGAUAAUGAACAGACUUUACGUUUACUUACGGCAGAGCUUCCUCAUUGGGGACAUCAUAACUGUCUUUCAUUGGCUGUUUUAGCCAAUAACAAACAUUUCCUGGCUCAUCCAUGUUGUCAAAUGCUUCUAGCUGAACUUUGGCAUGGAUCGUUGAGAGUUCGAAGUGGGUCGAAUAUAAGAGUUCUAACGGCAUUGUUGUGUCCACCGGCAGCAUUGAUCUUAGCGUUCAAAACUCCUCUAGUGUAUUCUGAAUCAGAAAACACAGCCAGAAAAGAUGAUGAUUCUAAAAAGGAUGAUCAAGAAACGUUCUACGAUACCAUGAGUUCAUACCGAGAUCUUACCAAUGUUCCAAAACCUGUUUCUAAUGGAAAUGGAAGUGUGAUGUCCUUACAUCUCAACAAGCUGUUUAAGCCUCAACCCAGACAAUAUCUAAGCUCAAGAACGGGAGAGGAAAUGGAAGAAUUGAUGGAGAAUGGAAUAGCUGCAGGAUCGUCUCUUCAGCCUCCUAAGAAGUCCAUAAUGCCAAAUUCCAAGAAGAACAGUACGGCUUUGAUAUAUGAGAGUACAGCUUCUCUGACGACCAAUCAUAUUCCUCGGCUGACUGCUUAUGCAAAGUUUCGUGCAUUUUAUUCAGCACCGAUCACAAAGUUUUGGUCAUGGUGUUUGGCGUUUCACUUGUUCCUUACCAUGUCUACAUAUGUGUUGUUGAUAGAAACUCCGUUGAAACCUACAAAAAUUGAAUGGGCAACUCUGAUAUUCAUGAUUGUCUUCGCUAUAGAGCAUCUACGAAAAUUAUGCUGUCAAGAAACUCCUCGUUUAUGGAAUAAGUUUCGAAUGUUCUAUAGUAGGUACUACAACGGGUUGACAUUGUUAGCGUUGCUUCUAUUUUUACUUGGUUUUUUGUUGCGGUUAGAUCCGAACAUGAGACAUUCGCAUGGAAGGGUCAUACUGUCUUGCUCCAAUGUACUCUGGUAUAUGAAAGUAUUGGAAUACUUAUCCGUUCAUCCCUUAUUAGGACCUUAUAUUCAAAUGGCUGCCAAAAUGGUUGUCUCAAUGUGUUAUAUCAUAGUUCUCCUACUUGUAACAUUAAUGGCUUUCGGAGUAUCUCGACAGGCAAUAACUUUUCCACAUGAGAAGUGGAGUUGGCUACUUGUAAGGAAUAUAUUCUACAAACCAUAUUUCAUGCUUUACGGUGAAGUCUAUGCUGGAGAAAUCGAUACGUGCAAUGAUGAAGCUGAUCGAGCUUAUCAAGAAAAUGAAAACUCUAAAGCUAUGUAUUGUGUGCCUGGAGGAUGGAUACCUCCUAUACUCAUGACGAUCUUCUUACUCGUAGCAAAUAUAUUAUUGAUUAAUAUGUUAAUCGCUAUAUUUAAUAAUAUUUUCAAUGAUACCAAUGUUCGCUCAAAGGAAGUUUGGCUGUUCCAGCGUUACGGACAGAUUAUGGAAUACAACGACACUCCAUUACUUCCUCCACCUUUUACAAUCAUUUCUCACUUCAUUUAUCUGUUUAUGUAUUUCUGUGAGGACCGUUUGUUCAAGAAGAAGAAGAAGCAAAAGCAGAAUUCAGGACUGUUAGAUUUCUCUAUGAAAUUGAAUUUACGACCUGAAGAGUUGAGAGAGCUACAUGACUUCGAAGAAGACUGUAUGGAUGAGUUGACAAGGAAAAGGCAAAGCCGAGUUAAAGGAACAACUGAAGAGAGAUUCUCUCAAACAAUUGAGCAGUAA